AUGGAUGGUUCUGCAUCCCAAAGCGGGAGCGGAUUUCGAUCUCGCCGCUCAUAUCCCUCGCUAAAUCAUGUUUCGCUCGCACCAUUAACAAAUCGGUUCCCCAUUGACGACGACAUAGAGCCAGAGGACUAUUUCUCACCGCGAGAUGAGCGACCUGCCGACACCCCGACCCGGACAUCCUAUCUCUCAAGCUUUUCCGUCCCAGGGACCCCAGGCGUUCUCUCGUAUUCCCGCAGCGGAUCCCGAGUCCGUCUGCACUCCCGAAGCAAGAGCUCAAGUCGUAUCCACCGCAGCGACAGCAGCCUGCAGAGCCAGGACGACGCACAACCCCUGCACCAUCACCAACAUGCACACGGAUCCAAGAAGAAGACUCACACAUCCUCGUCGCGGCAUCAGCCCCCCGAGUCGGCCGGACGCCGCGAUGCAGAAUGGAUGCUUCGAGCCGGGAUCGCGCUCGCUUCGUCCACGCGAGAGGAAAAAGGCCAGAGCUGGCUCGUGAAGCGCGAGAGCUCGACCAGUCUUGUCUCGGAAGCAAAUCACGAUAGCCCAAUUUUGGCCCGCCGAUCGAGAUCCGGGAGGUCUACGCCGGCCGCGCAUUCGAGAUGGGGAUCCCGUGCGGCAAGUCGAAGGAACAGCAGACCCGAUCUGGCCAUGACGAGCCUCGAUACGCUCGUCACUAGAUCAGGGUCGAAUGCUCACGACUCAGCCGGUCACGACGAGGAGACACGCCAUUUCGUCCCUGACUUUGUGGAUGAGCGUAUCCGCGCGGAGAUGGCAUCCAUCCAACAAUUUGAGGACGGGUAUGCCUCGGCCUCGGACGAGGAGUCUGACUCGGAGGACGAGAUCGAUGAGCAGGAACUGCAGCGUUUGACUCGGGAGCGAGGGUUCGGUCUGGGCAGUUGGAUCGAUCGGAUGGUCGAGUGGACACUAUUCGGUGUCGAGGAUCUACCUCUUUCUGCAAAUGUCCAGCCCGCCCAGCCAGCAAAGCAUCCCGACGCAUCUCCAGACGACAAUGAUGUCCGCGAUGAUCACUCUUCUGCGGCUGAAUUGACCGACGACAAUGCUAGCGUGUCGGCUGACGAAUCUAUAGCUUCGACCGUGGUAGAGAAACCAGGGGAGAACGGAGGCUGGGAGGAUGCAGGGUGGUUCCUCCGUGUCAUGAAGCGUGCACUAUCAUGA